GUUGGUGAGUGGGUGGGUCGGUUGCCUGGCAGGGUCGAGCUGCUCCGCCGUCGCUGCCGCCGCAGCCUCACAGCCGCCUCAGUCCCAGCGGCGACCCCUCCGUGCGAUGGCGAAGGCGCACCGGCGGCGGCAGAAGCAGCAGCAGCAGCAGCGAAGCCCUCGGCCUCUCCCUGCCGACACGUAGCGGGGCCGCGUCGCCCGGCGAGGAGGGAGCGGGUAGGUUCCGGCUGGCUCGGCCUCGCCGCCAAGGCGCUUGCGAGGGGAGUUUCGGCUUCUGAGGGGUGUGUGAAGGGGAGGCGGCGGAGGCGGGUUUCGUUCGCUGGCCGGCCGGCCGGCUCUGCCUUCAGCAACGGCUGCUGUGUGGAGCCGAAGGGAGCUUCCACAGCCGGGAGCAGUCUACCCUUCGCAGGCUCAGCUGCUGCUUCUCCAGAGGGAGCCGAAGAAAAGGGGUGGAGGGUUCUAGCUAUAGGGGCGCGGGCUUUCCUGUUUCGAAGGAUUUUAUAUUUUGAAGGUUGCUGUCACUUCUGCAAGAUACCUGAUUUUGAAAAAUGAAGUUAGAAAUUUAUUUGUUUGGGGGGUACAAAUAGGUAGCCUUGCCCAAGGGUGCAAAAUAGCCAAAGGGUGCAAAGUAGCCAGGUCUAAGGGUGCAAAGUAGCCUGCUAGCUUAUUUUUUUAGCUGUUUUAUUAAUAUUAUUAACAUAGAUGGUAAUUGUUUUAUCUGGGGUUUGGGGUUGUUUUACCGAUGAUUUGUUAAGUAUUCUAUACCAUUUAUGCAGUACAGUAUUCGUGAAGUUCCAUUAUGUUAUUUUUAUCUUUUGUUUGUAAGCCGCUUUGGGAUUGAUUUGAAUAAAAAGCGGCAUGGAAGUAGAAUCAAUCAAAAUAACAUUGUCUAAGGGUGCAAAACAGCCUGGUCUAAGGUUGCAAAAUAGGCUAAUGUAGGGGUGCAAAACAGCCCUGCUCCAGCACUUGGUGGGGGUGGUUAUCUCUGCCUGGCUUCUGAGCUUCCUGGGGUAUUCCGGACUCAAGACGGGUAGGCUGGAUGACACUUUAUUAUUUUUAUUUAUUUAUUUAUUUUCAUUUGUUGAAUUUAUAUACCGCCCUCUACUCUGAGGUCUCGGGGCGGUUCACACAAUAAAAUCAGAAUAUAAAACCACAAAAUGCAUAAUCAGAAGAAAAACAACAACAAUAACCCAAUAACACCCCCCCCCCAAAAAAAACCACCCCAAGCUUUAAAAGUCUAAUCCAGCAGGGUUGUUUUUCAUAAAUUUUUUUUGCAGAAGGCGCAGCUUUAAAUUGCUCGCUGAAGAGCACCUUCGGGUCUGGGAAGCAGCCUUUCCAGGGCUGCCAGGAUGAUGUGCGCCAACAGGGGGUGUGGCUGCUGGUAGACGCUUCUGUGUGAUCGCCUUGUUCUUUUUCUACUUUCAGGAAAGCCUGGAUCCAAUCGUUUCCUCCUUGCUUCUAAAUCACCCCAUAGGGCUCGUUGCAGCCCCUGUGGGUGAGCAGCUAUUCAGUGUUCGAAACUGAGAUAGGAAGCUAGGAGCUCAAUGGCACCUUAAACCGAGGUUAUGGGCACUGCAACGGAAUGUCUAGGCACACUUUUUAUAACAAGAAUACAAAGCUGAAAAUGAACAAACUGCAGCAAAAAUAUUAUGUUCAUUUUUCACAUAGUCUAGUCCUUCUCCUGCCCACCCCCCUAAUAUUCUUAAGAGGGUCUCUUCUCCAGUCUUCAGAGAGUAGCUGGAAGUGGGGAGGCAGAAAAAAGGUCCUCCUUUCCUUCCACUCUGCAGUUUUAAUCUGAAAUACUAGGCGCAGUACUGUGCUCAGAGCUCAGAAACUGCUUGCAUUAAUGAAAUUCCCUUUUGCAAAAUGUGCCUAGAACACUGGGAGUUUUGAACACUGCGUAUGUUGUAAGGGUACUUGACCAAUGGGGCUACAAUUUUAUUAGAAAUAAAAUAUGGACUAUGUCUCCAGGCUCGUGAUGUGCCUGUUUUGCCACCAAGGAUCACUGCCUUUGAGAUGCUAUCCUCAGUUGUUGUUGUUGUUGUUUAGUCGUUUAGUCGUGUCCGACUCUUUGUGACCCCUAUGGACCAGAGCACGCCAGGCACUUCUGUCUUCCACUGCCUCCCGCAGUUUGGUCAGACUCAUGUUUGUAGCUUCAAAGACACUAUCCAACCAUCUCGUCCUCUGUCGUCCCCUUCUCCUUGUGCCCUCCAUCUUUCCCAACAUCAGGGUCUUUUCCAGGGAGUCUUCUCUUCUCAUGAGGAGGCCAAAGUAUUGGAGCCUCAGCUUCACGAUCUGUCCUUCCAGUGAGCACUCAGGGCUGAUUUCCUUCAGAAUAGAUAGGUUUGAUCUUCUUGCAAUGCUAUCCUCUACCCUAACUUAAAUGUUCAACAUGCUGUUUCACAACAUGUGCUCUGGCUGUUGCAUUUUGUACUCUACAACAGCCUGUACUGUAUUGGCAUUUGAAGUUCAGUGGGUUUGGGACAAACUUCAUGUUGCAUGAAGCUGUUAGUGUUGCAGGAAUCUUUUAAACUGCUGUUUGCAGUUGCAGAGGCAAUCAGAAUUGGGGUGGCAGAGAAUAUGAAGGGGUUUUACCCUUUUGCUUUAAACCAGGCUCUAGAGGAAAAUUGCCUUCCAGCUACUAUUUGGCAUUGGAGGAGAGCUGCUAGUAGUGCCAGCAAUCAAUAUUGUAUCUUACUGGAGUAUUUUCAUAAGCUGUAAAAGCUUUUGUUCUGUGUUCUCAGGCUGCUGUAAAGGGAGGUGGUGAAAGGGCUUUAAAAUAAUUAGAAUAACAGGGCUGCGGGUGAGUCCUGCAAUCUUCUCUGUAAGCAAGUCUUGCUGUGUCCUGGGACAACUCCUAACUAACGUGAGGGUUUAUGAACAAUAUGUGCAUUAUACUUCACUGCACAAGUUGAUCUUGCAAAUAUUCCAAUUUUCUUUAAGAGAGAUAAAGUAUUGUGUAAAAGUGUUUCCACUUUUCCUCAAUGUAAUUUUUCCCCAUUGAAAAAAUAGGGGGAAACCAUUUUUCCUUCAUUCUUCAUAUCUCAUUCCUGCAGGAGAGAUCAAAUUGCAAGAUCAUAUCCAUACUGCUUUAGUUGGUGUCACAUCUGUAUUUUGUUUUUAUUGAUGCCCAGUAAUUUUUUAGUAGCAAUACUAGUAAAUGCCUUUCCAAUAACUUUGUUAGCUUUCUGAGUUUGUAUACUUUUAUGUGCUGGGGAACACUCUAGAAUUACUUGAAAAGUAAGCAUGUAUUUUUCCAAGUAACGUUGUUGUGUGUCUACCAAACAGGUGACAGAAGCUUUAAAGGUAAAGGGACCCCUGACCAUUAGGUCCAGUCGUGACCGACUCUGGGGUUGCGGCGAUCAUCUCGCUUUAUUGGCCGAGGGAGCUGGCGUACAGCUUCCGGGUCAUCUGGCCAGCAUGACUAAGCCGCUUCUGGCGAACCAGAGCAGCGCACGGAAACGCCGUUUACCUUCUCGCCAGAGCGGUACCUAUUUAUCUACUUACACUUUGACAUGCUUUCGAACUGCUAGGUUGGCAGGAGCAGGGACCGAGCAACAGGAUCUCACCCUGUCGCGGGAUUCGAACUGCCGACCUUCUGAUCGGCAAGUCCUAGGCUCUGUGGUUUAACCCACAGCGCCACCCGCAUCCCUGACAAAAGCUUUGGGUUACUAUAAAUUUCCUUUAGAUGCCUUUUGCAUUACUUGGAACUGUUGUAGUUGUUUGUUCUUCAGGUUUGCUGAGUUAACCUUUAUUCCUCUCUUCAGAUUUCCUGCAAGGGUGGUGCCAAAUGUAAGGAAAACUUCUGGCAGCUUGCUUAGCAGAGAAUCGAGGAGGCAUUCCCAGCUUUUUCCUGUUGUGUGAAAUGAGGAAAGAUCAUGCAGUUCUGCUCGCUCUAGUCUAGUGUAUAUCUGUCUUGCCGUUGAGCUGAUUCAGCCUGCAAAUCAUUGCCAUAUAUUAUUCAGUAGACCUGUAGGACACUGAUGAUUAAAGCACAGCUAUUACAUAAAAGUUGGUUUUUGGUUUUUUUCCCUUUGUAGAGUAGGGGAAUGUAUUGAGGAUGUUGCUGCUUAUCAAUAUCACAUUCUUUGGUAAUUUAUAAGAUUGCAUUUUGCCACUCAUUCACACUCGUAAAGCAUUUAACAUUUAGAAUGUAAACUUAGAUUGUCAUUACAACAGUCAGCAGUCCUAAGAUCAAUUUUCAUUGAAAUAUGUGUGUCUGCGCUAGUGUUUCUUCCUGGAGUAAGUAAACACAUUGGCACUUGUCGUGAGGACCAGGAAGGCAAAGAAGUGUGGAAGCUUCCACAUACUUAGCCCUUGGAGUAGCAUUGGUUAGUGAACUGCAUAAAAAUGACAUACUCUAUGAAACGCACAAACAUUUAUGUACAUUUGGACAAGUGGCUUUUCAUAUACUGUAUACCCAAGUAGACAUUUAUUGUGGACAUUAACUUGUCGUGUCUUUUGUUUGACCUGUCCCUUAAUGUUUCUUAAUCCUUCAACUUGCUUGCAGUUAUUUUGCUUGUUAAAUGGUGGUCCUCUGUUAAUAUAAGGUCAUGGGAGUAAUUCAGCUAUCUAGAGUUGGCAUAUUAUUGCUUCAAACAGGUGUGAGAAAUCAAAUAGUAUCAUUAACUUUGAGAAAUUGGAGGAUUCGAGCUUUGUUUCCCUGCCAAGGAUUUCUGUGUAUUGUGUAGCAUUCCCCCUUUUUUAUCAGCUGGAUGUGAAAAGUUUUGAAACUUAGAUAGCUUCGGGUGUGAACGUGCUCUCUUUCUGCAGUAUAUUGGCAAGCUCUCCCUCUGCAGGAGGCUCAAUAUCUUCUUUCUCUUGAAAGCCAUGUCGGAUUGGAUAUCUUGGUAACUAAAUAUAAAAGAAUGAUCAGUGUAACCAACCAGUGAAGACACGCAAUCCAGUUUUAUAGCACAGAAUGUACCUUUUAACUGACCUGAAAAUUCAGGUAUAACUUGCGUUAUUUAUAUCUAUUUUAUUAGCUUGCCUUGUAACAUCACUGUUAAUAAAAGCAAUUUAAAUAAUUAGACAAGCAAAACACCCAAAGCAGCAGUCAUGUACCCAUUGCAAGUGGCCUGGACCCUGCUGAAUAAGGUUAAAAGCCAUAGGUUGCCACCGACAUAUAUCAGUGCAGUUGUUACAGCAUUUUGGAAGGAAAUGUCAUUGUAGGUCUCUAAUUUUUUAUUGGAGGGAGGUGAGGUGGAUUUGAUGGCUUUAAUAUUUUAAUAUUGCUAAUAUUUUGAAUUCUUACUAUUGCUCUGCUCAGAAUGGCAGCCUAGAAAUAGUUUUAAAGUAAAAUAGUUGGGCAUAUGGAAUCUCCAUCAAAGAAAAUCCCUAAAUAGAGGAUGUUUAGCCUAAACCCUCCACAGAUCUCAUAGGAAUUCAAAUAAAUUCAAAAUCUGGAUGUUUUGGCCAUAUUUGGCUGCCGUAAAAUAAAAUUCGGAACCUUUCCCAGGUUGUAGCUGUUACAUGUCUACUGCAUAUUUGAAAUGAUUACAAUUGGUAGCCUUACUGCGAGACAUGACUAGUCCCAAAUGAUGACUAAGCUUGAUAGAUACUGUCUCUGAUACUGUAAUCCAGUUUUAAUUAUUAGAAACCAAAACUAGAUAGAAAUUCUUUGGAACUGUUUGCAGUUUCUUCUGUCUGAGAGCUGGGGGAUCACAAACCUUUAUAGGAGCUAAAACUCACAUUACACGAUAAGUAGAAAACAUUUGUGCCUGUCCUCCUUUGGCUUUUUUUUCUUUUGAUUUGUCUCUUUGCUCCUGUGCUUUGUUUCAAGUGUAGUUAUGAAGAUCAUCUUGGGAAAGGUGGGCCAUGUAUUGCUUGAAAUAGCAGGGCAGGAUGCCUACUCCCCAGAAAAUUUAUUUGAAAGAGCAAGCCAUGGUAUUUACCUAAGUAGCCAACAUGAAUACCACAGUGUAUCUUCUGAUGUCUGUCUAGAUGUAGUUGGUUCUACUUUGAGGUACUGGCUUAACCCUUUGUAGAACCCAGCAGGUAAAACUUGUUUGCAGGUGUCACCAACAUGGUUUCAGCAGGUCCACACCUACCUGCAGAGUGCUUCCCUGGCAUCCACAGAGUCCUUUUCCCUCACUGAAAUUAGGCUUAGAAGAAGCAUUCUGUUGCAGUCAGUAGAGCAGGUUAUGGUGUAGGCUUGGUCACAUGUAUUUCCCAUGUUUCUCUGGUUUGCAGCCAGUGUUCAAAGCUCCCCUUGUUCUAGGCGCAUUUUGCGACGGGGAAUUUCACUAGCGUGAGCAGUUUCUGAGCUCUGGGUUCAGUACUGUACUGGACCUAUGAUUUCUAAUUAAAACUGCAGAGUGAAAGGAAAGGAGGACCUUUUUUCUGCCUCCCCACUUCCAGCUACACUCUGAAGACUGGAGAAGAGACCCUCUUAAGAAUAUUAGGGGGUGGGCAGGGGAAGGACUAGACCAUGUGAAAAAUGAACAUAAUAUUUUAGCUGCCGUUCAUUCAUUUUCAGCUUUGUAUUCUUAUUAAAAAAGCGUGCCUAGACAUCCUAUUUCUGCGCCCAUAACCUAGAUUUAAAGUGCCAUUUAGCUCCUAGCUUUCAUAUCUCAAUUUCUAGCACUGUUUGCAACUGCUCAUGGGCCUAAGAGCAGGAGUUUCCCUUGUUUAUUGUAAUGUCUCUGGUUUACAGUACAGAUUGACAUCAACUAUUUUUUUACUGUUGUGUUUGUUUCCUCUGGAACAGUAUGAAAUAUUUGUUAACCGUUCCUUAAACAAGAUUUGUAAUAUGCGUUGAGUGCAUGUUCUUGUAGAAAUGUAGGGUAAAAAUUAAACAGCAAAGCCCUGGUAUAGAGCUACUGAUAAAAAAUUAUCUGGGAAGUCCAUUGAGAGAGCAUGAUUUCUUCAGUCAUUUGACCCUCCCACCUUUCCAAUGUUUGGAAUUCACUGUGGACUUACUCCCAAGUACAAGACUUAUCACAUGUGACCUUUGAUGUAUGAGCGUAUGUAUGCUUGAUCAGCAUUGUGAGUGACUAAUACUGUGUGAAAAUUGAAGGAUGGUGCUCCUUUUCCUGCUUUGCCAAGCAAAGAAUCUGUUGUCUGACAUCUCUUCUAAAGGAGUCCUAAUUGAAGCAUUUGAGCAUCAAGAGCAUUUGUUUGGUCAACCCUUUAGGUAUCUGUCUUCUGAUUUUUUUCUGAAAAAUCUUGAGAAUAAUCUUCUGGUGAGUCUGUAUUUUAUUUUUCUCCGAACCUUUGUCUGCUUUGGUUGACUUAAGGAUUAGGAUACAGUGGCACCUCAGGUUACAAACGUAAUUGGUUCCGGAGGUCCGGUCUUAAUCCAAAACUGUUCUUAGCCCGAAGUGCGCUUUCACUCAUGGGGCCUCCCGCUGCCGCCGCCAUGCAAUUUCCAUUCUCAUCCUGGGGCAAAUUUCACAACCCGAGAUACUACUUCUGGGUUAGCAGAGUUUGUAACCCGAAGUGUUUGUAACCUGAGGUACCACUGUAUUUUUACAAUCAGUUUUCUCUGUGUUCAGGCAAGAAAAUGUUGAAACUCAGUUUGCAAUGUCAGUAGAAAAUGACAAAUAGAUUCUUGGUUAAGUGAAACACGAAUGUAUCGAAUUUGCUGGAUGGAGUGAGCUCCUGUUGCUGUGUCCCAGCUCCUGCCAACCUAGCAUUUCGAAAGCACACCAGCGUGAGUAGAUAAACAGGUACAGCUGCGGUGGGAAGGUGAAUGGCGUUUCCAUGCGCUCUGGCACUCGUCACGGUGUCCUGUUGCACCAGAAGCAGUUUAGUUGUGCUGGCCACAUGACCCGGAAAACUGUCUGCGGACAAACGCCAGCUACCUCGGCCUGAAGCAAGAUGAGUCCUGUACCCCAUAGUCGCCUAUGACUGGACUUAACUGUCCAGGGGUCCUUUGGCUUUUUUUACCUUUACAUGAAUGUGCAAAUGAUCUUCUAAAGGCUUGAGAUUGUGUAGUUUUUGUUUUGUUGUAAUUGUUCUUUUAAGUAAGUAAGUUUCUUAAGUGAGAAUCUACAGAUUUCUGUCCUGCCCUUAGCACCAUCUAAGUUUUCAUGGCAGUUUAUUGUCACUGCAGGGACAAGUUUCCACAUGCAGAUCAUCCACACUAAAAAAGAAAAAAGAAAAAGACCUUACUCUGGUGCUGCCCAUGAAAGUUCAUUCUCUUGAACUUAGAGCAGUGUUCAAAACUCCCAUUGUUUUAGGUGCAUUUUGCAACAGGGAAUUUCAUUAGCGUGAGCAGUUUCUGAGCUCUGGGCACAGUACUGCGCCUAAGAUUUCAGAUUAAAACUGCAGAGUAGAAGGAAAGGAGGACCCUUUUUUCUGCCUCUCCACUUGGAGCUACUCUCUGAAGACUGGAGAAGAGACCCUCUUAAGAAUAUUGGGGGGUGGGCAGGAGAAUGAGGAAAAUGAACAUAAUAUUUUCACUGCAGUUCAUUCAUUUUCAGCUUUUUCAUUUCAUUCUUGUUAUUAAAAAAAAUGCGCCUGGACAUUCCGUUGUUGCUCCCAUAACCUAGGUUCAAGGUGCCAUUUAGCUCCUAGCUUUCAUAUCUAAAUUUCUACUACUGACUUGGAGACGUUACUGUAAAAAUGGCAUGUAUUUUCCUAAUAGUUAACAGACACUGAAGUCAGAAUCGGGGUAUACACAGGUUUACGCUAUCUCAGAAAUGGCUGCGCUUAGUAUUCUAUCCUACAACCAUGGCUUUCCAAUUCUUUUGAAGCUUUUUCUUGUUUCUUAGUAUUCUAUCCUACCACCAUGGCUUUCCAAUUCGUUUGAAGCUUUUUCUUGUUUUUGCUUUUUUCUUAUGUAUUUUGUGUUGUCAUUUUCUCAUUUUCUAUUUUUCUGUUGUGACCCAUCCUGUGAUCUUCAGAUGAAGUGUGGUAUACAAAUUUUCUAAUUAAUAAUAAUAGCAAUAGUAAUACUACAGAACUAUUAGAGAUGGGGUGGGUAGAAAAGAAAGAAGGAGAUGCUGUCUGCAAAGGCAAAACACGGCACAGCAGAGGACCUCCUAGUUGGAGAUGUGCCGUUCCUCCAUAGUGAGGAAAGGGCACAUCUCUCUUUAAUGGCAUGCAUUGCCUCACAUGGUCAACUUCCUCAGUGAAGUCAGGGAUCAGAAUGAGUUGGGUUUGACACUUUUACGUAAUAUAUCUGUUUCAUAAAUAACUACUUGCUCAAGAUGAGUAAUAAUUGUCCUGUGACUAAUUGGCCGGGAAAGUUCCUUUCAAGUGGGGGUCAGGGGAGUACAGUUCUUCCGCGUCAUCAGUAUGCCACCCAUUGUUUAAGAAAGGUGUGGGUGGCUGGACAGGCCAGAAAAAAGGCUUUGGUAGGCGAGUAAAUUGAUUUGGAAUACAGUUUGUCCUUCCUAAGCAGACAGUCUCGUCACCAGUUGGGAAGCACUAGGUCUCUGGGCUGUAAAAAUUAAAUCUGAUAAGGGUAUUCAGGCGCAGCUGAAUACAAUGUAAUUUUGUUACUUCGUAGGAAAGUCUGUCUGAAGUACAUUUUAAAGCUGUAUCCCAGAACAUUGAGAACUUGGUGCUAUAAUGAUGUGGGCACUGUCUUCUCGGUCUUUAAAACAUCUGAUUUUUGGCAGGUAGAGAAGAUGGAAGGCAACAGCCAGCUUUGCAUUCAGCGUUGGUCAACCAGGCAUGUAGCCAAAUGGCUGAAGGAAGAAGGCUUCUGUGAGUAUGUGGACAUUUUGUGUGACAAGCACAGAUUAGAUGGAAUUACAUUACUGACGCUGACUGAAUACGACUUGAGGUCUCCUCCUCUGGAAAUCAAGGUUCUAGGUGAUAUCAAACGGCUCAUGUUGUCAAUUCGCAAGUUACAGAAGCACCACAUUGAAGUUUUGGAAGAGCUUGGUUAUAACAGUGAUAGUCCCAUUGGUUCCCUGUCACCUGUGAUUGGCUCCCUUCAAGGAACAGACUGGUUUUGCAAUGGCGAGGUUCAACGGGAUUGUGAUGACUGUGAGCCUGUUGCCGAUUUGAACGCUGAUCAGUAUGCAAAUGGAAAAAACAAACAUCCUACGCGAAGACUGAACCCAGAGUAUUGGAAGACAGCUUUGAGUUGUAUAUAUGUUUUUAUUGUGUUUGGCUUCACAUCAUUUGUCAUGGUUAUCGUGCACGAGAGAGUUCCUGACAUGCAGACAUACCCACCACUACCAGACAUAUUCCUAGACAGGUAAGUGCUUUAACCUGCUUAGGAAAAAGUGCUAAAAAUCAGAAUUGCUAAACUGUUGAGGCCAAACUAGGUGUUUUGCAGAAUUUCGUGUUGCUUCUCCCAAUUUAUAAAAUUAUUCCCCUAGUUUCCCCCCCCCUUUUUCAUGAAAGUAUGUGCUGUAAGCACCUUUACCGACAACCCCCACCACCUUUGGGGACUUCAUUGACCAGCUCUUACCCACUUUUUUGUGAAAAUACCUCAAGGUCUACGCAAAUCCAUGAAAUAUGGGAAAUGGCUAGAUCACAACAUCUGCACUGCUUUUCCUCUCCCUGGAUUCAGAGGCUCAUAGUGGACUUGUCCCCAGUUCUUUGAGCGUGCAGUGGCUAGCCAUGAUGCAUGACUUAACUGUCUGUGGCCUGAUUUGCACGUCAUGAUAAGCCACAGUUCGUCUUAAAAGAAUGGUUUAAUUAAAUGAGAACAUGCCUUGGCCUUGCACCCACAACACCCUCCAGACUCAGACCCAGUCACUGAAGCUGUACUAUGGUUUAUUGUUUCACCUGCACCCAUAGCGUGGUUUGUUUGUUUCAGAGAAGCCAUGAAAGGUAAGCAAAAAAUAAACCAAACUUUGCCCUUUCUUUAUUUCUGUCUUAUCAUGCGUGGCUUGUCUGAAACAAACCACCGUCCAUUUUAAGAUUACACCGCAAGUAGAAGAAAGUGGAGUUUUCCAAAACAAUUUUAUAAAUGCCUCCAAAACACUGAGCUGCCCUACAGCAGUGAUCUCAAGAGCUGCUGGGAAAUCUUAUGCAUUUUCCUGCUGGGAGGGAAGAAUGCAAUCUGUCAGCAACAGCCCUUGGUCCUCUUAACUGGUGGCUGGGGUGAAAUUGUCCUUUCUGUAGACACGGCGCAUUAUUAUUGACUUUCGGUCAAGAAAUGUAACAUUUACAAAAUUUGAUACUAAAUACAGGCAUUAUUUGUUUUAAGAACUGCUUUUUUAAAAAAUCCCUGCAGGGAGCAAAAAGAGAAACUAUUGAAUGCUAGAUAUUGUUUUAGAAUAGAAUUACUGUCAUCGGGGCACUAAGGAAGGAUUCAGAGUAGGGACAGUAAUCAGGAAAACAAGGUCAGAAGAUUAUAAUAGUCGUCUCAGUGACUGGCCUUUGUUAUUACCCUUUUAGCAGCAAAGGCAUGUGACUGCAGAAUAGCUUCGACUGAAGCAAUUGCAUAUUGUUGUGGUGUUAGAGUGCACAUAUUCUGCCUCCAAGAAGUAUGGGUUGUGGGCAGUGAUUGCAAAAGCACUUGAAAACAAGGCUAGAAGGUUAAUACAUAGACUUCAUGGGCCAGCAAAAAAGCCUAAACUUUCCCAUGAUUACCAUUUGCUGAGUAGUAGAUGCGAUAACAAGAGGGCAAGUGGCUGAAUAGAAGAGGAGCUAUUAUUGCAGAUUAGGUCAUCAGUAGCUCAGAUUUUAGCUGUUAAACUUAUCCCUUGGCUCUCAUUCCUUUGCAAUGUUCCUUUUUGUGAUUAGAGGAUGUUUUGAGUGAUACAUUGGUAUCUGUUCCAUUCUGUGCUUUUUAAAAACAAUCUUUACAGAAAGAGCAUUUUGAAAUAUUUACGGCUGUUUACCGGCAGUGUUUGAAAAAUUAAGUGUUCUUUUACAGCCCACAGUCACCACAUUGCUUGGGUUUUAUCUUAAAGCUUUUCUAGAAUGCACAGUCCCUAUCUGGGUGUUGUCUUAAAAAAACCUUUUUGUUGUCAAUUUACCAGUAUUGAAAGGCUGUAGAUUUUAUCUAGGGAAGUAGUUGCACCUGCUCUCCCUAAGUCCUAUGUGGCUGAAGGAGAAUAAGCUGCACUCUUUAUUUGAUUUCAGCCUGCUCGCAGAAGCCAGAAAGCUUGAGAGGAAGGAACUGGGAGAAGUGGGGGGAGCACCCCAUUGCCGAAAGGGUUGAGUGAGCCCCCUCCCCACUUUAUGUCAUGCACACUUCUCCAGAGCCUGGCCAAAGUUACCCAUGCUCUGGUGACCUCCAGAAUAAGCUGCCAUAACACAUUACAUGUGGGGCUUUGAAGGCUGAUUGGAAACUGCUAAUUGGAAUUGGCUGCUUAAAGUGGAACAAUGGUGCUUCACUGGCUCCCGCUCUGUUUCUGCACACAAUUCAGAGUGCUCGUGCUUAUCUUUGAAAUGGCUUGGGAUCCGGAUAUUUGAAGGGUUACUUGUUUCUGUGUUUGUCUGCCCAUGCAAAUGUCAAGUUUGGCUGCUCUUGUCUGGAUGCCCAAGCCGUGGGUGCUAAGGAGGUGAUAUCUGAGGGCAGAGCCUCCUCAGUUUUGGCAUCCCGCUUGUGGAGUGCUCUCCCCGGGAGCUUUGCCUGGUGCUAUUUAUCUCCUUUUGAUACCAGGCAAAGACUUCCUUGUCUUCUCAGAGUUCAGAACUUGAUUCUAGUUUUGUGCUGCCGGUGACUUUCUGUUCUUAGUGGUCCUGUUAGUUGGACCCAGUGAUGUUCCGUUUCAUAAAUAUAUUCAUAAAAAUGAAUGAAUGUCAAUGACAAAUACAAUAUUGAACAAGCUUAGCUUUUUCAAAGCUUAGCUUUUUUCUAAAUGGAAGUAAAAUACUGUAUGUUGGAUUGGAUCACUUUCUAGGGCAUCAAAAAAAUUCUGGUGUGAAUGGAACAUUUUCCAAUGUAAAUUACCUUGUUCACAUCAGCAUAAUAUUCAUCCCCCCUGGAAAAUCCGCAUUACUGUUCAGCUCUUUUUAGGUACUUGUCCUCUUGAUUUUCUCAUUUGUUAUAUGCAUUCUUAGCCUCCCUGCAAGUAUGUGCAUUGAAAGGGAAGGUUAUCAAUUUGUAAAAUAAGAGGAUGAUUGAGUGGUAGAAUGAGCUGAUGAUGGUACAGCAUUGAACUGCUGUUAAAUGAAGAAACAGGCAUGAAAUACAUUCAUUAAAUGGUGGACAAAAUGUGAAGGACAAGAAGGGAGCGUGUAGAGAAGUAAAUGUGCAGAAGAAACGGGCCAUAAUAGUAAAAGGAAAAUGUAUACUCAGCUUAGAGAAGAAAAGAUCUUGCAGGAAAGCACUAAAGUUCAGAAAAGACAGCUGAUUUGAUUGUGUGAUAAAGCAUCUUUAGCCCCAGUAAACAGUAUUCAGAUAUAACUGUGGAAAACAUAGAUUUGAGGAGCAGGCAAGCUUAGGUAGAUGCUCCAUUAAAAUGUAUGAAGAUUUUGAUUUUGUAAUUUGGCAAAGGAGUAUUGAAUCAAAUUAAAUGGCAUUUACUGCUUCUCUCCUGUUGAAGGGAGUGAUUAUGCUUAGGAUGCAGACAUGGAAAUUGGAACUGUCAGAUAUUACUUGCAGACUCUUGCUCUUUUUGUAGAUACAUGGUGUGAAUUUAUGGUGUCAGGCGAGGUUUCUCCCUCCCUUUCUUCCCCUUCCCCAGCGCUGCGGAGGCCGGCUGUCUCCCUUCUUGGGCAGGAUAGAACAAGGGUGCCUUUGCACUUUUAAGAUUACUAGAACAAGCCUCUGCUUUGUCUAGUGAUCAAAUUCCAAAAAUCUGUUUGUUUCAACAGAGCCAAUUUAACCAAUUGAUUUUAAGGCUGCAGAAGUUUCAGCAAAUGGUUCUGCUGUUUAGCUUCUUGCUGCUUCACUUUCUCCAGUUUUAGAGUAGUAAAGCAAAGCUUAAAAAAGGUAAGAUACUAAACUGCAGAAAAACGUGAUCUUUCUGGAAAAUGCCAAGUUGGUUUGAAACCAGUCAGCUAUGCUAGAAAUUAUGCUGAGCAUUUAGGUACAUAAACGAUAGUUUCAGUUAUAAAUUAAAUGGGUUUGGUGUGGUUUUUUUGGUAAGGUCCUACUUACCCAUCAUCUGCAUUUAUUUUGCCCAGAAAUUGCACAUGUCAAAGUGGCACAUAGCAUCUUGAUUUUUCUUUCCUCCAUUUUUAGUGUUCCUAGGAUACCGUGGGCUUUUGCCAUGACUGAAGUAUGUGGUGUGGUUCUCUGCUACAUCUGGCUGCUCGUUCUUCUACUUCACAGACACAGGUAUAGUUCAGUUGCCUUUAUUUUGGAAAUUGCAGACAACCUUGUUUGAAGAUCUUGUGUGUAUCUGUCGUGUGCUGCAGUUCCGGAGAAAAAUAGAAAGAGACUUGAUUCCUCAUUAAGAGGGAAUACUAAAGUCCACACCAUGCAAACAAGUAGCAGGUUGAAUCCAUGGCAGCUCCUCCACAUGUUGAGAGGUUGAUGUGCAACAAUGGGGACGGUGGUUCCAUCACUCCCAUAAAACUGCUGAGCAAGUGGUUUGGUGGUAUGAGAAAAUGGUGCCAGACUUGUGUAGCAAACUGUAGCGCUUUGCUUAUUCCCAAUGUAUUUUGGUAGUGCUUAGCAUUGCUGUGCAGAGAGAUGGCAGAGCGAGGACCCCCCCCCCCAAAAAACCUGUGUUUGCUACCACCCUGCUCACUCACAUUAAAUCACAGCUUGUUUUUAAGUGGUGUGAGAACUUUUCAGUAACAUGAACCAGCACAUUUCAAUUAAAUCUUAUGUUUUAAAGCCAUGGGUUAAUGUAACAUGUGAGCCAUGUCAAAACAAAAGCUUGAAUCCUAAGAAAAGCUAAGGAAGCUUCCCGAAGUAAAGGUUACCGUUUUAUUCUCCUCAUUGCAGCCAUUUGUAUCUCUGAAAAAUCUCUCUAGAGGGUCAUUUCAGGGGAGGGGAUUCCUGUGCAUGUUUUGGGUGGGCUGCUGAGACAGAGGAAGGACCUGAAAACUUUCCAUCCCAGAACUUCCUUAAGUUAACAUCUUUGCAUCCAAGCCCUCCAUUAAACAACUCAGACUUUUUCUGCUUUCUUCUAGGUCGAUCCUUCUGCGGCGGUUAUGCAGUCUUAUGGGGACAGUGUUUUUGUUGCGUUGCAUUACUAUGUUUGUGACCUCAUUAUCUGUGCCAGGCCAACAUCUGCAGUGUUCUGGAAAGGUAAGCAACCACUUGCCCAUCCCAAAUUCUGAGGUUUACUUCUGCAUUGGCUACAGCAUUGAGACAGAAGUAAACUUAGGACAAACAAAUAAGAAAUGCCAAAUGGUAGCUAUUUGUCCAUCUAACCUGAUACUGUCCACUCUGACAGGCAGAGGGUCUUGAAUAAAGGUCUUUCACAUUGCCUGCUACGUUACACCUUUAACUGGAGCUGGCAUGGAUUGAAUGUGGGGCCUCGUGCAGGCAAGACAUGUGCUCUACCACUAAACUAGGGUCCCUCCCCAAAAUUCAGCCCUGCUAUGUUGAAAGCAGGUUGUCGAACUUGCUGCAGUAGCCUGAUAAAGUUCCAGAAUGUGUCUUUCUCUUUAGCCAAUUUAGGCAACACGAGUUCUCUGGGAUACUCUCAAUAUUUACAUGUUAAGGCAACAAAUUCUAGUGCAGCCUCAGCCUGGUACCAUCCACAUAGUGUUGGACUGCAACUCCUGUCAUUCUUGUCAAUGGGCCAUCCUAGCAGGGGCUUAUGGGAGUUGCAGUCCAGAGUAUCUUGAAGGCACCAGGUUUGGGAAGUCUGAAAUACUGUGUGGCAUAAGUUGAGUGGGAUGACUACAUCAUAAAGACACAGAGUAAGCUAGAUAGCUCAUCCUGCCUCCUGGACUAAAGGAAGUAGAGAAAUGAACUGAUCCCACACUAUCUACUCCAGCCUUGAAUCAAUUCUGUUUUGUGGUAUUCUGCAAAGGUCUCACACAAUCAUAAAUCUCUUCUCAGCCACAAACUCACUCAGUGCUCUUAGCAGGCUAAGGAGAGGGUGAGAGAUAAUACUGACCCAUCCUACAGGGUGUUGCACAGAAUACUGAGAGAAUGUAUAUGGAGCACUUUGAACGCUUUAAAAUGCUAGGUAAAUGCUAAGUCGUUCAAUAUUGAUAAAGCUGUAUUUAUUUUGAAAAAAGAACAGAGUGUUUGAAAGAGCAAGGUCUUUGAAAGUACAUCCUUUCUAACCUGAGUAUAUGUUACUCUGAAGAUACAUUAUAUAUGUGUGUGUUUAGAACAUGAUGCAUUCAGGGGCAAAAUGUGAACAUGUAUUUUUAGGCUGAAUAUCUCUAUGGAAGUCAAAGUUUGGUGCUUUCCUUGUGGGAAGUAGGGAAAUCAUCAUCAUCCUUUUUAUUCGACCGUCAGUCAGAAAAAAGUACAUUUUAUCAAUACACAGUUAAAACAUCCAGGAAGAUUUUAAAACUUAGCCAACACUAAAAUGGGCUAAACAGGUAGCCCCAUAUCAAUACAGUCAAUUAUAGUCUUGCGACGCUUAAAAGCUAAAAAGAGAAAUUUGGCCACCAAGGAAGGUAUAGCUCUAGUGGCAUUAUUCAGCAAGUGUAAAACCUGGAUUUCUCCGGGAAGGAAGCUGAAUUGACAUAGGAGUGGGUCUAUAAAAUUUUGUCUAAGCUCUGCAUAAGAAGGGCAAGUCAAGAGAAUAUGUUCAGUGGACUCAACCACACCCAUGGCACAAUGACAGGUUCUCUGGGCGUAUGGUACCCCCCUGUACCUUCCCCACAAUAUCGCAGAGUCAAGGACAUUUAAUCCAGCCGCUGUAAGAAGUCUACGGUAUUCCACAUAAUGGAUUUCUGCAAGGUAGGGGGCUGGUAUGGUCCGAUAAAUCUGGUCCCCUAGGAACAUCCCUGGUUUUACCUGGGCUAUGUCCUCUUGUCUGGCAAUGUCACUCAGUCUCCGGGAGAUCACAGCUCUAGCUUGAUUGUACGUCAUAGACUCAAAGUAGAGGUGAGACAAUCCGCAGGGUUGAACCUCAUUAAUGGCCUCCCUUUCCCAUGAUGAUUGGAAAUCAUCCCUCAAUAUCAAGGGGGCAAUACCCACUGGUUUAAAACAAAGCUUGAGCCAUAGCCAGAGCUUCGUCUUCAAGGCCACAUACCGUAGAGCUUGCCAGCCGACCUCUAAUCUCAUAACCGCACCCGCUACCGAGGGGGGAAUCCUGAGGAUGGCUCUAAGGAAUCUCGUUUGGAUAGAAUCCAGUUUCAAAAAAUCCCUACGGGAGCCUAAAGAGAUGCCCGGGAGGACUUUCAUUUGAAAGAGUCUCAAAGCUAUCUUCACUGAUUGAGCCUGAUUCUUAGCAUAUAGAGAUCUAAUCUGGAUGGCUGCUUUAGAUGCGUUAGUUGUUAUAUAGUCUCUAUGGGCCAGAAAAGACCUAUUUGACCGUAUUACUUGUCCCAGAUAUUUAAAGCAGUUAACCUGCUCUAGGGGGGUCCCGUUCAUCGACCAUCGAUGGAGUCUCGGUUGGGCAGAGAAGACCAUGAUCUUGGUCUUAGCAUAGUUGGGUUGGAGCUCAUGCUGAUCACAGUAUUCAUGUAGAGCUUGCAACAUUCUCCUCAGUCCAAUAGGGGAUCUGGCAAGAAGUGCGGCGGCGUCCGCAUACAGAAGAACGUUCAGAGAUCGGCCUGCUAAUUUGGGGGGGUGGAAAGCAUCAUUGGCCAUGUGAGUCACCAGUGAGUUAAUGUAAAAAUUAAACAAUGCUGGGGCCAAUAGACAACCCUGUCUUACCCCUCUGGUGGUGGUAACAGGGUUGGAGACUAGGCCUUUAUUGUCUAGCCUGAUUCUCAGAAAGGUGUUUGUAUGGAGGCUGAUAAUCAGAUGAAGGAGACGACGAUCGAUCUUUGUAGCAGCCAGUUUUGUCCAUAGCUGCUUUCUAGAGAUUCGAUCAAAUGCCUGCUUAAGGUCAAUAAAAGCCACAUGAAGAACCUUUGGGGCUUUGCCGGCAUACUUUUCCGCCAGGUGAUUCAAGGUUAGUAUUUGGUCUGUGGUAGAUCUUCCAGGGCGAAAACCCGCCUGUUCAUCGGCAAUGAUAUUGUCAUCCUGUGGGAAGUAGGGAAAAUCCUGGAGACUUGAUGUUUGGUGUGUAGAUGUAAAUAGACCAAAUGUACAAACAAACAAAAUGAACUGUGUUUCAGUUACCUAUGGAAGCCAUUCUAUGUGAACUAGGGGCAAAUUCAGUGCUGUUCUAAAGUUGGUAGAUCGUUUCAAGUAUUCUUGAUGUAUUCCUUAUUCAUUUAUUUGUUUUGCACGCUCCUGUUUCUAGUUGUAUGGCAACGUGUGGGCAAAACUUCAGCGAGCCUUUGCAAUCUGGAGUGGGUUUGGCAUGACACUAACAGGAGUACAUACCUGUGGAGACUACAUGUUCAGCGGCCAUACGGUUGUCCUAACCAUGCUCAACUUCUUUGUUACUGAAUGUAAGUACAGCGUUGAAAUGGCAUCAUGAAUCUAGUAUGUCACUCCUUUUUUUGCAUCUUGAUGUUGUGAAAUAUUUUCCAACAUAGCAGGUGAAGGCUUAAGUGAAGGGAAGACAGGCAUUUGUGGGGGACAAAAGCUGCCUAACUGGCAGUGGGCUUUGUGAUUGACUGGAUUAUUAUGGCUAUGAAUGAGAGAUCUGUCAUUCCUGUUUAGAAAAUGAAAGCAAAGCAAAUUUCCGUUUCACCAGACUUCAUGAUCCGUGUACUGAUGUAACAUUAAAAUAAUGUUUUAUCGUUACACAGGAUGAUGGGGAUUUUUUACUUACUGCGUUCAGUGCUUAGUUGGUGUCUAGCAAAUAAGUAAGCUAGUCAAAGAAAAGACACAAGGCCAUAUUAGAAUCUAAAAGACACCAGGAAAGAGGAGUGGAGGAAGAAAGUGUUGCGGGGGAGAUGUUUUAAAGAAUGCAAAGUAACAAAAAGGCAAGUUAUUAAACAGCCUUUUCAGCUCAGUGAAGGCUAGGGCUGGGCAAUAAAUUGUCCAAAACUGGUUUGAAAUCCAUAUUAUGAUAUUGGUUUCAUAAUUUUUGACCUGUCUAUAUAUUGUGAAUCGUGUGUGUGUGUGUGUGUGUGUGUGUGUGUGUGUGUUUGUGUUUGCUAUGCAAAAAUCCCAAUGUGGGGGAAACCGGGAAGCAAGCCAAUGCCUCUGCAUAGCUCCAUCCUUAUUUCAGACAUUGUGAUACAUCGGUAUAUCAUGAUGUUUAGCUGGGGAUGUAUCACAAUGUUGAAAACCAGAUAAUUCCCAGCCCUAGUGAGGGCCAUGCUGUCCUUCCCUUUAUGGAAGGAAGUAGGAAGAACCUCGAAGCAGUCCUUGUUCCUCUGGCUGGUGACUGGCAUUGUUCUUCCUUUACCCUCUGCAGCCAUGUGGAAGCUGACAGUUGCAGAAGACGAUAGUUAACCUUCCUGAUUGCUCCUAGUUGGCGGUCAAUCCAGGGCACCCCUUUGUCAUUUGAUAACAAAACCUGAUAAAUUGUGAUUGGCUGAAUGCGCUUCUCUCUUUCCCUAGAUACGCCAAGAAGCUGGAAUUUCUUGCACACACUGUCCUGGGUGCUGAAUCUCUUUGGGAUUUUCUUCAUUUUGGCAGCCCAUGAACAUUACUCCAUAGAUGUCUUCAUUGCCUUCUACAUCACUACGAGACUAUUUUUGUACUACCACACGCUGGCGAAUACAAGAGCCUAUCAACAGAGUAGGAGGGCCAGGAUCUGGUUUCCUAUGUUCUCUUUUUUUGAAUGCAACGUAAAUGGCACCGUUCCAAAUGAGUAUUGCUGGCCCUUCGCAAAGCCAUCAAUAUUGAAAAGGUUAAUUGGCUAAAGAGGACUGGUUUGAAUUCACAUCUGUGUGAAGUCUUUGCGAUUAACUUUCCACAGGAACAGCUGCACAAAAAGGGUAUGUUAUUCACAUGCAGCAAGGCUACAAGGCACCCGUUGAAAUGCAGCAAAGUUGAGUCACUACUUGUUCUUUGGCAUUCUUUAACGUCUGGAGAACUUUGAGUUGUCUUUGGAUGAAGGAAAGACAUUGGAUCUAUAUAACAUCAAGUGCAACCUAUUUAGCUGUCUCAAACAAAAACUAACACGUGUCAUACCUUUAAAAGAAUUGUUUGCCUAAUGAGAAUAGGGUGCAUUUUGGGAGGGGAAAUCAUGAGAGGGAAACGCACCCUGACGAAAAAGGGCCCCAAGGCCUUUAGUAAAAGAAAUUGUGCCGUGUGGGGCAAAGUUGCUGUCUUGGUACCCAAACGACAACCGUGAACAGAGAGCUUCAUUGACUUGGAGCACAUGACUUCAUGCUAUUGUACCAUCCCGAGGUUUUCCUUGUUUACAUUUCAGUAAAUCGGUGAGAAAUAAACACCUUAUCUUUUUUGAAAUGAGGUUGACUUAGCUUUAGUGCCACAACUCUUCCUUCUGAACACAGUAUUAAACACUAACAAAAAUCUCUGCAUGCUUUUAAAACACUGCUUUUAGAAGAAGAAUACCAUAAAGUUGGGGUAGUAGCAGGCAGACAAUUGAAAAGUGUGGUGUUCUUUUUAUUUUGUUUGGGCAAAUGAGAAGGUUUUGAACAGUGGCUCUGAGAAAGUACAUACAAAUCAUUUUUCUUUGCCCAUUACCACAGUUGUCACAAGGCUCCAUGUAGCAUUGGCAGAUGUUGAAAUUUCAUUGGUUAGCUGAUAAAUGUUGGAUAGUGUAUUCAGUGAAUGUUUUCUUCGUAUUCUUAGUUCUUGCAAGUUAAACUACCUUAAUCGGCUUAACCUUUGUGGUAGAUAUCACUUUCUUCAGAGAGUGUUCUUAUGGUCGUGAAAAGAGCUGGAGCUUAAAGUAUUAGGAGUCCUAAAAGUGUAGCACUUGGCAGUCAUGAACACACAACAUUUUUCUGUGAAAAAUAACUUGGAUAAGUUGCUCAGGUUUGCAUUUAAUCAACCAAGCCAUCUUUUGUAAAUGCUCAAAAAAGGCCACCUUAGUUUAAAACGGUUUAAAACGGUAAUUGUGAUUAGCACAUGGAUUCAAGAAUGAGUUUGAAAUACAUAAUUUCAGAGUAGAUAGUUUGUGUUGAUGCUGACAUUGCUUUUUCAAAUGGCCAUGUAAGCUUUUCCAGACUAUCGCAGGAAUUCAUUGGAACAUUUCCAUGCAAUAUACUUAAGUGUCUACAACACAGAAGAUCAGCAGCUAUCUUGUAUGCUGAAAAUCUUUUGAAUAAUUACACUGAAUUUUCAGGUAUAUGAUGCAGUGUUGUCACUGGCAACCAGUUAUGUCCUUUCCCCAGUGCCUCUUCUUGGUAACUCAAGUGAACCAGACCUACAAAGUAUAUAUUGGUCUUAUAGCUGAGAGCUACUACUAGGUUAGCUCUAAAGAGAGAAGUAAAAGGUGUCAGGUUUAUUGCCUUUGUUUAAGACUGCGAUAAUAGACGGUGUAAACAUUCCUUUCUGGUUCUGUGUAAAACACUGCUGCACAUGGAUUAAUACUUAUAUGCAGAAAUGCACAGGCUAAUGUGAUGAAUUAGAAAUAAGCGUAGUUAAAUUUGCAAAUCUGCAAAUUAGAAGUAGCUGCAAUUAUAGAACUGCUGUUGUACAGCUUCUGGCUUUACUUGAUCUCGUCACAGUAUUACAAUAUUUAUACACUUAAAUGACCACUCCAGUAUCUUUACGUGCCACUUGAAAAGGGAAAAAAAACCAUCGUUAUCUCGGAGCAUGCCUUAUUAUUCACAAACUGCACAUUAUUGCAGAGUCCGUGAUCCAGCUGAAUGCAUUUUGCAGAAACGUUCCUUUUUGCUUUGGCUUUUAAGGUGCACAGGAUAUGUUCAGAAUUGCUAGUAUGCACUGACUGGUGUCUGAAGAUCUGGGCAGCAGGUAGUCCAAAAGUAUACAUAAUAAAUGCACUACGGUCAUCUUUUUGUCACCAAUAUAGAGGCAGACUCUGAGGUGCUUCUACCAACUGCAGUGGCAAACCGUCCCGUUCUUCCCACCACGCCCCCAGUCUUUGCUGCAUGGAGAAAGGGGAAUUGUAGCAUCCUUUGAAAACACGUACGGUCGGUUGCUUAAAGCAGCUCUCAAAAUGCAACUGGGAACUCACGACAGAGACAGCCUCUCCCUAGGUUUACAGAUUCCUUUUGGAAAGGAAAAGGGCACAUCCGCAACAGUGUGUUUGAAAAGUUUACAGUUCAGGUCUACAUUACAUUGCAGGUUGUACAAUAUUAAACUGUCUGUUCAAAGGAAAACAAUGCUUUCCAUCUGGUUAUUGUUAAAAACCGCUGCUUCCUAUGGGACUUGACAUGCAGCGUCAUUCUAUGCCUGUUUACUUGGAACAAUGUUCUUCAUUCUAACAGAGGUGGUGCGCUUGGGCCAAGCCACCUAAGGCUGACUGAAAGAUUGCCCCUUUUUUAUUUUUAAACCCACACAGACAACCAGAACAUCAGGAAGGGGAGUCUAUUGGAACCCUUUUCCCUGACCUGCUAGUUCACAACCUCCGUUAGAGCAACCUCCGUCAGUGGGACUUAUUUGGAAAUAUGCGUAGAAUUGCAGUCAGUUGUGACCCAGAUUAGAUAGAUGUACUUCACACGAUGAUUCAGAUAAGAGGUGAGCAGAAUAUUAACCAGAACACCUUGGCUCUUGAUGUAGUAAGUAACCCAGUUACUUGAAUAGUAUUUAGUAUGAAAUACAUUCCUUCCCCCCAAAAUAAAUCUUCCUAGAAGUCGUUUUGUGGACUACAUUUGCACUUCAAAACUAGCCAUCCUAGGGAUUAUUGUACUUAAAAUAGUGAUAUAAUACUUGGUAUAUCUUCCUUGGUUUAAUUCCACAUGUAUUUUCUGUGGGGAGAUAUGUCACAUCAACCCUCCCAAAAUGUUCCCAUUAUGGAGAGUUAUAAGGUAUGGAAUUCUUAUCAUUUCUGUUUUGAAUGUGCUUUAAAAAAAACAAAAACUAGAAAAGCAUUUUGCACUUUUGUCAUUUAUGUUGGACUACCAAGUGGCACUGGGAUGGGGUUUUUUUGUUUUUGUUUAGUAUAUUAGUAUAUGGAAUGGUGGUGGUAAAGGAGACAAAAUUCAGAGCAAGGCAUCUGAAAGAUUCCAAGCAAUAACCAGAACAUCUUAUCUAUUUACCAAGUGUCAGUGCAUAGCAACCAACUUCAAAUUGCUUUCCCCACUCUUUGGUUUGUAGUUUUGUGGUCUAUACCAAGUGAUGAUGUCUACCUGCCUUUGGUACCAAAUGAUGCCCAUCUUGAAAUGCUGUGACUUGAUACAGACGGUUGAUAAGAGGUAUCCUUAACACUAUAAAUUGUAACUCAAUGAAGGGUUCCCUCCCCUCAAAUAAAUUUUGGUUUAUUUCCCUGAUACUUAACUGUGAAAUGGAUAAACCAGUACUAUACUCAAACUUUCCCACCCCCAGUAUAGAAUUCAUUACUCAAUCUGUAGUGUGCUAAUUUUAAAUUUUUAUUAGCAGAAAUCAGUAUAUUUAUAUACCCAGCUAUCCUCGCAACUACUUACUGGGAAUAACUCAGUGUACAGGAAAGGAAAGCACAAAGUAUUAAUGCAAAGGAAUCCUCUAAGUGUUGACUUAUAUAACAGUGCCGUGCCUAAAGACACUGAUGAAAUUGGGAUGUGUAAAAUAAUAAUAAUAAUGCAUUUUUUUGUUUAGGGACUGGGGACAUCUUUGCAUAGUUUUGUUUUGUUGGUGAAGUCCUAAACUGGCAAAUCUGAACUGCAGGGUAGAUUGCAGAGCCAAGCACAGUCUGGAGAUGCCCUAGACAUCUUUAAGCCUUUCUGGGUAUACCAAGAUGACCUAAUAUCAAGGAAUUCAUUUCCAUUGUAGUGGAGGCCUCUGCUUGUCUUCCAAGAGACCCGACAUGGCUUGAGAUUCCAUUUAAAAAGGGUUUAGUUCUACAGUCCUAUUCCUGUCAUACAGUAAAUGCACAGUGUAACCAGGGAACGAGCAGAACAAAGGCUGGUUGAACGUUCUUGACUUGGUGCUUGGCACAGACUCAUUCCUUUGGAUCUCUUUCCUGCCCCAAGAAAACAUAGUGUUAUUUGAAGGCUUGAAUAUUCCUACUGCAGAAAUGUUUGAAGCACAGAUGUGUAAAUAAAGGUGGAUUUUGCUCAAAUUUGAAACCUGAUUUAAUUUAUAUUUUGUAUUUGUUGUAUUAAGCUAUUGAAACAUUAAAUAAAAUCUAAGAUGAGUUAAAACGUUUAAAUGACUGGGUCCUGUGUGUUACACAUAUUUUAACUCCCCCCCCCCCUUUAUAUGUAGGUUUAAUAGGACAAUUUAAGCAUUAAAUAUAAAAUUUAUUUUUAAACACAGUACGCCAGAGACAGCUUUUAACUGAAGAGUCAUUUACUGCAGACCAAGCUUGCUACAGACCAGUACCCUGGAGUCCAGCUUUUACAUUGUAAAAUUUUCAGGAUCUAGACUGGUCAUUCAUAAACUACAUGCCACAAAGGAGUGACUUGAGUGAUCAGAAUUACAUUUCUCAACGCUCCUGUGAGCCAACAGUACUCAUAUACAGAGCAGGCUGCCCCUCCUUUUUCACUGGGGUUGGGUUAAUUCUGCAUGUCUACAGCAGUCAUUUGGUGAUUUCUAAUGAAGAGACAAAGCAGGUACACGCAGGAAUGUCCAAAAAUUUGUGUUGCUGCUAAUGACUGGAUCUUACAGUAAGAUGAUGAACUAGGACUGCCGAGACUCCCUGAAUUUGCAUUUCAUGGUUUGUAACAUUAAAAACAGGUCUCUGCUGAAAAGAAGCCCUCUGUUUUAAAAGUUGUCUUUAGCUUGCACUUCCACUUGAACCCUGGUAGAAUCUCAAAUUUCAGAACUGCCUAUGGCUGGCAGUUUUGAGCUUUUUUCUUUUUUUGCUGUUUGAAUUUAUUUAUACUUUUUACAUUUUUUAAAUUAAAGAUUUUCUUGUUUUAC